GAGGUUCCAUAAAUCGAAAACACAGCCCGUUGUCUGUUAGCUUCUUUAAAAUAAGGACUUUUUUACUUUGCAGUGAGGAACAAAACAUAAAACUUUGAAAAAAGUAAAAAGCAUAUGUAUAGGCUAUAGUGGUGUAUAGCUAUAAUAGGCUAAAUCAUACGCAAAACCCACUUUGUCCAAGAACAGAAACUACUUGUACCCCUUGGUAUGUAGCGUCCUGGUCCCUAACAGCAGUGUAACAUCGGUCUUGUGGUGUGUCGUGUAUUGGGUUCUGGGGUCAGUGAGAAGUUCAGGGGCCGUGCUGAAAUGUGUGAGAAGGACAUUAGCAUAAUCCAGAGCUUCGACAGGUCCUCGUUGCAAAAUCCAAGUGAUGCUUAUAUAGUGCAACCUAGUUAAUACACUAUACAAACAAAACACCAGUAAGCAGCAACAUGUCCGGUUUAAAAAAACAUGUUUUAAAUUAACAAUAUCGGACUUUCGGGAGUAACAAUUGAUAAGCAGCAUCACAGCUCAAGAUAUAUAUUUAAACUCACACUGAUUUAUUCGCCCUUCAAUGCGUUGCGGAUUUUAAAUCUGGCCGUGGUUGCAACCAUACAACACUUUCUUGUAUGAAAUGUAUAGCUAAGACAUAACAUAAACCGACUCGUGUUCGUUUGUAAAACUUUGUGGUCUUGAAAGUUGUGGCAUUUCAGAGAACAAAGCACUGAUGUAAGGGGGAGAAGCGUCCUGCCGGACUGAGGUGAUUAAUUAUCUACAGAGCUUCACCACGUCCGCUGGAUGAGCUUUCAGCCGAAACACUCUAUACUGCCGGUAAACAAGCACCAAAUGGUGGUAAAGAACAGGCCUCUAUUCGGGACGGAUCUCCUUUCUUUUGUUUGUUGAGAUGAUAGAUCACUUCUCUGUUGAAAAAACGUAGAAGAUAGCCCUAACAAAAGGUUCUGACGUAUAAAAUAGUCUACAUUCUAGUGCACAUAAUUUAACAUCACAGACGUACGUUUACUCCGUUCAUCUUUGAAUGUUCAGGGGUGUUCAUGCCACGAAAACCCUGAAAUUCCAUUCUCAAGUCUUUUUGGGCUGAUACACCGUCAUCACCGAGAGAGGGCCACCUUGCACACACGAGUUCUUUACAGGUAUUUGAAAUGAAUGACAUAGCUAGUUAGGUACGGGUUUUUAGCGUACGUAGUUUGUAGCUAGCACUUGGAUUAUGCAUUUUUAGAAGAUAUGGGUAGUGUGAAAAAGAUUGUGGACUACGGGCACAAAGGUUGCAGCAGUUCUUAUCCGUUUUGAGAAAUCAGACUUCCGUUUUUCGUCUCCUGUCAAAUGCAUGUUGUCUCUUCCAAUAACAUGAGCACACAGUUAAAGUUGUGUGGUCCAAGUUUGUCUUUUCUGUAGGUAGAACAUGGUAUAGCUCCACCAAGGUCAUGGGUUCGAGCCCCAGGGAAUGCACCUACUGUUGAAAUGUAUUUGGAUAAAAGCCAAAUGCAUAAAUGUAAAUCUAUUCUUGGCAUGCGUCUAGGAAAUACUGCCCCCAACAUACAGGCACAAAAAACGCUCUAAUAACUUCCAACACUACCACCAUCUCCUUAUAACUAAUCAUUUGAAAACGGUCACCUAUCUGUGUUGCAAAGACUAAAACAUAAGACCGAGCAUUUUUAGCAUCAUUCAAGCAAAGCAGUCCAGCACUACUGCUUUUGUAAUCCGUCUCAAUGGGACCAACAACAGUCUCUAUUAAUGAUUCACAGAUUCAAAAAAUGUUUCUUUUUUUAAUAGACACUGGGUCACGUGAGUGGAACGCACAAUAUGGGUGCGAUAUUAUGAUGAAGGGGGUGGAUGGCGUGCGAACCCCGGUCUUCUGUUGUGCUGAUUACGCUAGCCUACUUCACGAAAGUGGGGUUGGGUCAUUGUGGACUUGGUGGAGAGCUGGCGAGAUAGAGAGAAAAAAUAAAAAGAACGUAAGUCUUUGGUACAUUCAGCGGAUGGUGUUAUACAGCUGUCAUGAACGGAUAUGUUUUUCUAUGGAGAAAACGACCGAAAGCCCUGCGCACCGUGAGGAUGGAUUUUAUUUUGAGGUAUUUCCGCUGAUUGUUCAUUAAUCAAGUGAGUUAUUGCGGCUAAGAGAAAAGAUCUCCCAAUUAAUGAAUGUCUCUCAUCACUAAGACUACCAGAGACUGUGUUUUGCUUAAGGUUCCCCAGUAGAGCCCAUUGGCGAAGAGGUGUCACGUGACUACGUUGAGCCAAUGUUCUUCUACGACGGUGUCAGGACCUUGUCAGAAAGUGAAAUAAACAUUGGGAAACGGCGAGAUGCAAAAAGCGACCUACUGCGACGGCUCGGCAAUUUACAGUGGCUUCCCCUAUCAAAGCGCAAACGGUUUAGGUUAUGAUGCCAAUCAACAGCAAUAUCUGCAGGCCCUUCAUGUGGAAAGUGAGUACCGUCGACCGGCUUGCUCCCUGCAGUCCCCUGGUGGCUCUGCAGCUCUGCACAAACCCAAUGAAACUACAGAAGGCUGCCAACGGAGUAACGGAACCCAAGCCCCAGUACCAGACAUCCCCGACAACAACCAGCCCCCUACUGCCCCUCAAAGACCAGUUUCCCCCAGUGUUCUGAACCAAAUUCCGAGCAAUGAUGCCGCAACCAACAGCACAGGGCAUGCCUCACCAACGCCAGCAACUACGAAACACAUUUUUCCGUGGAUGAAGGAGUCCCGUCAGAAUAUAAAGCAGAAACCCUGUAGUAACAUUUCAGUAGAAAGCUGCGCUGGAGACAAGAGUCCGCCUGAUUCAGCUGCCUCCAAGCGCGCUCGUACUGCAUACACCUCUGCGCAACUCGUAGAGCUGGAGAAAGAGUUCCAUUUCAACCGCUACCUCUGCCGCCCGCGAAGAGUAGAAAUGGCGAAUCUGCUCAACCUGACGGAAAGGCAGAUUAAAAUAUGGUUCCAAAAUCGAAGGAUGAAGUACAAAAAGGACCAGAAGGGCAUUGGAAUGAUGCCCUCUCCUGGGGCACACUCUCCCCACAGUCCUGUAGCUCUGUCAUCUGGUGGCGGAGGUAUUGGGAGUGGGUAUUUAAAUUCAAUGCAUUCUUUGGUUAACAGCGUGCCCUACGACUCACCUUCUUCAGUCUCUUAUAACAAGCCGCAGUCUAAUGCGUACAGUCUUCCUACGUCAUAUCCACCCCCUCUGAACAAUUGCCCGCCUCCUCAGAAGCGGUAUCCGGGGGCUGGUACAACCACGCCUGAAUACGACACACUCCAUCUUCAAGGAAACAAUAAUUAUGGGGCUCAAGUACAGGGUAGCCCAGUGUACGUUGGUGCCACUGGAAGCUACUCGGAUUCUUUGGUGGGCAUGGGGGCUUCGGUUUUUGGCCUGACACAUUUACCGCACCCUCCUCAAGGCAACAUGGACUACAACGGCGCCAUCACCAUGGGAAACAGCCAACUUCAAGGAGCGUGCGAUCAAAACCCGUGCUCAUUUUCAGACCUUACUUCGCACUAUUCUCAGGGAAGAAUUCAGGAAGCGCCCAAACUGACUCAUCUGUAGUGUGGCCACAAUGAAUUUCUUUCCCCGACUGCGUUAUACAUCCAAUCGAUCCUUUUUUGACGUAGCUCAGGCGAAGUUUUUUUUUUUGUUGGUUUAUCUAUGGAGUAAGUUUUAUUUCCUCACAUCAUGGAAAUAUAUGUACUAUUUUAUUUGUUUGAAGGAAAACUGAAACAGGGUAUAAGAACGCAUAGAACGUAUAUGUUUUAUGAUUCUUUUUAAUGUGAAUUUAAAUCUUCUAAAUUGUCCAUGUUUUAUUCUGUUUUGCAUUUUGCACUUGUUUUAGAAUACAUAGGAACACGAUCUUAACUUCUGAUACAUCUUAGACAAAUUAACUUUUGUCUUUCGGAUGUAUUUUUUUCUGGAUGGUAGAUUUUAAGUGAUAUUUACCAAUCCUUCAGAGCCGGGAAUUCUCCCAUCGACAUCAGUACUGAAACGUUAAAUGGUCCAGUGAUAACAGGCCAGCUUGUUUAUUGAAAGCCAAUGUGUUCGAAAAUUUGUCCAUAUGUGCGAAUGCUAAUCAUUUUGUGCUCAAAGAGUCUAGAGAGACAUUGAUUAAAUGCUCCUUUUAUUUGUUUGACAUUUUUACCCAAUGCCAUGCUGCUCAAUUUUCGAAAAAAAAUAAAAGAAUUUGACGAG